AUGAGGGUGAUUCUCAUGCUGACCAAACUGUAUGACUUCAAUCUGGGCAGUGUCACAGAGAGCUCCUUAUGGAGGUCAACAGAUUACGGAACCACUUACGAGAAACUCAAUGAAAAAGUGGGCGUAAAGAUCAUCCUCAGCUAUCUAUAUGUCAGCCCCAACAACAAGCGCAAGAUCAUGUUGCUGACAGAUCCAGAGGUGGAGAGCAGUUUGCUCAUCAGCUCAGAUGAAGGCGCAACCUAUCAAAAAUAUCGCCUCAACUUCUACAUCCUCAGCCUGCUGUUUCACCCUGAGCAGGAGGACUGGAUCCUUGCCUAUGGCCAUGACCAGAAGGGAACUCACUCUGCGUCCUCUAGUGGACACACUUUUAUGCUUAUGGGUGCCCGCCCGUCUAAACUGGGCCUUGAUAAGGAGCCAGGCCUGAUUCACCUUGAGACCAGCAUCUCAGAAACCCAGGCUCUUUAUAUCACAUGCAAGCUUCAGAACUGCACAGAUGCCAACAAGGGCAAACCUUUUCCUGGAUACAUCGACCCCAACUCCUUGGUGGUCCAAGAUGAGUAUGUGUUUGUUCAGGUGUCAACUGGUGGCCGGCCAAUCUACUACGUGUCAUCCAGGCGAGAUGUGUUUACACCCAUGAAGCUUCCCAAAUACACCCUUCCAAAGGAUCUGCAUGUGAUCAGUACAGAUGAGAACCGGGUCGUGGCGGCAGUUCAAGAGUGGAACCAGAAUGACACUUACAACCUGUAUGUGUCAGAGGCCGGAGGCAUUUACUACACGCUGGCUUUGGAGAACGUCAUGAGCAGUAUGGGACCAGAGGGAAAUGUCAUGAUAGAUCUAUAUGAGGUGGCAGGAAUAAAAGGCAUGUUCUUGGCCAAUAAGAAGCUAAAUAAUGAGGUGAAGACAUACAUAACCUAUAACAAAGGCCGCAACUGGAGGCUCCUGCAGGCUCCCUCAACUGAUCUCAGAGGAAAUAGAAUCCAUUGCAUGCUGCCGUACUGUUCUCUGCAUCUUCACCUGCAAGUGUCUGCAAACCCGUACACAUCUGGAAAUAUAGCCAGCAGAGAGUCGGCCCCUGGAAUCAUAGUGGCAUCAGGUUCAAUUGGCGCAGAGUUAACGAGCAGCAAUGUUAGCAUGUUCAUCACAUCCGACGCUGGAAACACGUGGCGGCAGAUAUUUGAUGAAGAGUACAGUGUGCUGUAUCUGGAUCAAGGUGGAGCUUUAGUGGCAAUUAGACACACCCCUCUUCCCAUCAGGCACCUCUGGUUGAGUUUUGAUGAGGGGAGGGUAUGGAACAAAUAUAGUUUCACUUCAUCGCCCCUGUUCGUGGACGGCGUCUUGGGCGAACCAGGCGAGGAAACGCUCAUAAUGACGAUCUUCGGUCAUGUCAGUCACCGCUCAGAAUGGCAGCUGGUAAAGAUAGACUUCAGGUCUAUCUUUAACAGAAGAUGCAUCGAGUCUGACUAUGUGCCGUGGGAUUUACAUGACCAGGGUGAACGCUGCCUCAUGGGAGUCAAAAGAGUUUACCGAAAGCUGAAGCCCAUAGCAAGGUGUGUUAUGGGUAAAAUCUACUCUGUCACAACGAUUUCCGAGCCAUGUGACUGCACUGAGUCGGACUUUGAGUGUGAUUAUGGCUUCGAGAGAAGGGCUAAUGGGAAAUGUACUCCGGCAUUCUGGUUCCUCUCCUCCUCCAUGUCUCGGACCUGUACUACAGAACACACAUUCCUCAACAGCACUGGGUACAGAAAGGUGGUGUCUAAUAACUGCACCGGAGGGGUGAUGGAGCAGUACACGGCUCGUAGGCAGCUAUGCCCUAGCCAGGCCCCUCGCGGCCUCCACUUAGUGACCAACGAAGGGAAGCUAACGGCGACUCUUGCCAGCAACGUCACCUUCCUCGUCUUCCUGGAGGAGGGUGAUGGAUCGAAAACCAGCAUAAUGGUGGAUUUCGGCGACGGAAACGCUUUCACCUACUCCAACGUGAGCUCUAUCGAGGAUGGCAUUAAACACAUCUACAAGAACGUGGGAAUCUACCGAGUGUCAGCCAUGGCGGAGAACAGUCUGGGCUCUGAAACGGUGCUACUCUUCCUACACAUUACGUGCCAACUGGAGUCUAUUCAUCUCUCUGCCCCUUUUGUCGCUGUGAAAAAUAAAGAAGUCAAUCUGACGGUGGUUCUCUCGCCAAGCCAAGUGGGAACGGUCACCUAUAUCUGGUGGUUUGGGAACAAUUCAGAGCCCGUGAUCACGCUGGAGGGGAGUGUGGCGUUCACGUUCUCUCGAGAGGGAAUCAGUGUUGUCACUGUACAGGUGUCCGCUGGGAAUACCAUCCUGCAAGACAGGAAAACCAUCGCUGUCCACGAAUACUUCAGAUCUCAUCUUCUUGCCUUUUCGUCUAAUCUGGAUGAUCACAACCCUGAUGUGACUGAAUGGAGGCUUGAUGUGAGUCGAGUCAUUAAAACCUCAAUGGUGCAGAUUCGCCUUCACAGAUGGAAGGAAAACACCAUUGUGACAGGAAAAGCUUCACGAAUAUUCAAACAUAUGGCACAACAGACCGAAAUAAUUAUCAGUGUUCUCCUGCACUUCCCCCAUGGCAUUUUCAAGAGGCCUUGGUUAGUGGAGAAAAAAAAUACAGUAAAUCUCAAAAGAGCAUUAGAGGCGGCAGGGGUGAAUUCAGAGCAGCUGUUGGUCACUGUGUUGCCUGGACUGCCAACAGCGGCCGAGUUCUUUCUGUUACCAGACAUACGGCUGACAGAGGGGAAACCAGACAAAACAGCUACCCAUUUAGACCAGCUCUCAGAACUGGUUCUCAGUGCUCUGAAUCAGAAUCUGGUUCAGUUCACACUCAGACCAGGAGUCCAGAUCACAGUAUAUGCUGCCCAUUUAUCAGCAGCGCCUCUAGUGGACACAAGUGAGAAUCACAGUGGCUCAGCUAUGCUCAUGCUCCUGUCUGUGGUGGUGGCGGGUUUAGCGGUGUUCCUCAUCUAUAAAUUCAAAAGGAAGAUCCCAGGCCUCCACGUCUAUGCAGCGAUGCAGGACGAAAAAGAGCAAGAAAUGAUCCAGAGUCCAGUUUCUCCCACUGACAGCACACCCAGCUUCAGCUCUCAGAGAGAGCUGCUCACAUCACUGGAACCUCUGGACACAGAGCCCAACACCCAGACCAUCGAAUGCAUCAAACCUCAUCCACGUGUCAAAUUCUCAUCAGAUCUUCCUACAUACAUUGACGUUUGAACUCUAGCCUCCGCCAUGUCAAGGACUUUGGUCAUGCGGACACAAAGGUUUCAAGCUUUAUUCAGUACUUGUGCAUGUUGGACAUUAACUUUACUGUGCUCUGUGAAUACUAGAACAAACUUUGUACAGCUUUUUUAUACAUCUGUGUAUUCAAGAAAACAUUUUUGAUGCUGUUCAUUUAUAAAGAUGCCAGUGUGUACAAAGUCUGAGGGAAAAUCCAGCAUGAAGCGUGGAAAAAAAGACAAUUAUACUUGGUUACCCGUCUGUUUAUUUUUAUUGUAAACAGUGCCAGUACAGUAUUCAUGAGCGUAAAACAGGGAUAUGUGACAUUUUGAAAGUGUUUUAAUAAUAAAAUGUAAAAUAAUGAUUAUUGUAAAAUGAAACAUUUCCUGGGUUUCAUUUUGUAAAAGUAUAUCUAGCACAUCUGUACUUUACAUGUAACACAGAAAUGUAGAUUUUACCACUAAUUUUAUGAGUUUCAUGCCUUUAUUCAUGAAACAGGGUUAAUGUUGAAGCUUGUUUAUCUUGUUUUACUUCUCUGCAAUAUCAAAGUAUUUUUUCUUAGUAAAAUAAAAUCGUUGUGUUUCUAUGUAGAAAUAACUGACUGUUGGUUUACAGAUACAUAUCAGUGUCAAGAUAUGCUGCGUAAACUGACUUGAGACGUUAUGGCCAAGCAGAAGAUGAUAAUCGUAUACUGUGUCUAGUGUUUCAUAAACAGUUUUGUAUGGAAUAAUUUAUGUGCACUCACAGAGAGUUACAAGAUUUAUGCUUUCAUUUUGCUUGUUUAUUUGUUAUUUUUUGUGCAUUUAAAUUCAGUCAUGACGUACCAAAAGUGAACUGUACAGGCUGACGGAUAUGAAUGUAUGAAUGUGUAAGUACAUAUUUAAAAAUUUUUUUUUAUUUUUUACUUUCCCUCUUUAUGAGCAGUAUAAAAUCACAGGGAAGCCAUGAUCAGUUGAUGAAUUGACUAGUACUA